AUGGUGGUGAUUGCCGAAGAAGAUUCAAAUUUAGAAUCGGUACAAUGUGAUAUUUGCGAGAUGGCGUUGAAAGAAAUCAAAAAUAUAGUGAAAAGUGACCACACUGAAGCAGAAAUAGGAAAUAUUGUCCAUGGAAUUUGUGAAAAACUACCUGGAUUUUUCGGAAAAGAAUGCGACAAACUUGUAGAUGAAUAUGGAAAGCAGAUUAUCGAUUCGCUCGUCAACAAAGUAGAUUGUGAAAAACAAAGAUUGUUACACCUGAGUCCAGAACAAGUCUCCGACAUCUACUCCAAACACUACGGCAGUCCCUCUUUUCCCCACUUGGUAGUUUCGUUGAGCAUCUCCCCUCUGUUGGUUUUAUCACUUGCGGGGAAGAACGCCGUGGAAAAAUGGAAAACCAUGAUAGGACCAUAUGGACAGCUUCGCGAAGAGUGGUUUUAUCCGUACAGCGUCCGUACACGAUUUGGAAUCCAACCGGAUAUUCCAGACGUAAUUCAUGCAUCGGAAACCAUUGCAGACGCCAAAUGGGAGAACAGAUAUUUUUAUCCAAGGAGUAUUCUGGAACCAAUUACAGCAGACGAGGCGAAAGUUAAUGAUUACUUGAAAAACUGGGUAUGUCCUACCCUUCAGGAAGGUUUGAUACAAGUAGUGCACAUGAAACCAAUAAAUCCGCUUUUAUUCUUGGCAGAAUGGCUCCUACUAAACAAUCCCUACCAGCCAAAAUUUCCGGAAAGAAUUGCGGUCAGCCCACUUUGAAUAUGUUAAACGAACAAAAUACAUGCUUAUUUUCUAAUU